AUGGAAGGUUAUUGCAAAGUUGAAAAAAAAAAUAUUUCGAACAUUACUUCAUAUUCAAAAAAAUGGACUUCUAAAAUACAACAACAACCAUUACUUUCAUCAUAUAAUACAACUAAAGAUGUACAAUUAGAAGUAAUUCGUACACCUGAACGUCAUGUUGAACUUAUAAAAGCUCGUGUUGAGAGUAUUCAAGAAAUUAUUGCCACAUAUCGUACAGAGAUGCAAAGAAUAUAUCCACGUGGACGUUUAAGUAUUAGUCGUAAACAUUAUCAAGUAGAUGCAAUGAGAAACUUAUUUAAAGAUGCCUAUUCAUUAGUAUCCAAUGCAUCAAGUAAACUUCUAGACUUGCGUGAAGAAGAAACACUAAUGCUAAAUAAUUUGCGCGAUGCUGAUUUUCAAUAUGAGCACAAAAUUGCAAAUGCACAGGAAAAUAGAACGAAACUUCAAGAGAAAUUAAAAUCCAUUAGAGAAAAAAUUGCACGAGCUGAGAAAGAAUGUAGUCGACAACAAGAAAUUUAUCGUAAAAGUGCAAUGGAUAUUUAUCAAAGAUGUCGAAGAUUGGAAAAAGAACGAUUGGAUUUAAUUCGAGAAACUCUGAUCAAAUUCAUUAAGACUGCCUUUUCAUUUGAAAAUGUAAGUGCACAAAGUCAAAUCUAUGAAGCACUUAGUUCGAUGCUCCAAAAUCAACAAAACACUUCCGAAGAUCUGGAUUUUUGGGCACGAAAUUAUGGUGUGUACGAUUCAACAACAUCUCGAUCAUUUGUAAUGAAUCCUACAAAUGAUGAUCAUAAUGAAAGAAACUCUAAUGAAACAACUAGUCAAAAACCGAAGAACUCGAAAAAAUGCGAAACGGUAGAUCGCACAACGACAGACAUAUAUGUAAAUGAAUUAAGAAUUGAACAUGAUGAAGUUGAAGAUGACAAUUGA